UAGGUUCCUGUUGAAAAAUACAACUGAGCAGCCAAAGUACUUUGAGAACACGGUGCGGCAUAAACACCCAAACUUUUUUUCCCUCCCUUUUCUUCCCCCCUCCCCCCGGAAAGAAAACACAAUUAAGCAAGCGGCGUUGCCUGUCUUCGGCUGAUGUGAGGUGUGAAUGCGUUGUGGGUCGUACAUGUGUGUUCCUUGACCAGUGGGUGCCCGUCCUAGGCAUUUUGUGAACGUGUGGAGUGCGAGUGCGGAAAGACUCUCUACACAAGGCUUUGGGGGACAUCUUCCCCCCCCUCCCGCUUUUAUGUUUUAAUACAUGGGGGAGACCUAGAAGGUUUUCGGUCCGGAAUUUCUUUCGGAAGGAUGGAUUCUUCCAAAGGGAAGCAGCUCUGAGCUCUCCUCCUUGGAGUUUGUAAGCGAGCGGCGGCGGCUGCCUUGUUUGUUGAUUGUGGCUGGCGAUAACCUUACAGCACCACCUCCGGGUUUGGGCUUUCUGCUUUUGGCGUGUUUUUUUUUUUUACUCCUCCUUCCCUCCCAUCCGAGGGGAUCGGCAAGAAACAGCUUUUGCUUCGUUGUUUACAAGCCCCCAACAUUUUUGCUCGGGUCUGUUAGCGUUUGCAUGGCCCACUAAAGACUAUCCCAAAAGGAGGAUUCCCCCUCCUUCGGCCUUUCUGCCUGCUGUGUGGCGGCCGCGUGUAAAAGGAGAGGAGGGAAAAGUUCUUCCAAAAUAGUGUGCGCAGGGAAGGGGAUGGGGGAUUUUCCAACCCCCGCUGCCGCCACCAACGGCAGCAGCAUUUGCCUCAACAAUAACCUGAGCAGCAGCCUCGGCGGGGCCGGGAUCGGCGUGAACAGCGCUCCCCACGGGCCUCCUCCCGGUCACAAUGCUACUCAUAGCGGCGGCGGCAUUCCCAAACACAGCACCGUGGUGGAAAGGCUCAGGCAGCGCAUCGAAGGCUGCCGGAGACAUCAUGUCAGCUGCGAGAACAGGUACCAGCAAGCCCAGGCCGAGCAGCUGGAGCUGGAGCGAAGGGACACGGUGAGCCUUUACCAGAGGACCCUGGAGCAAAGGGCCAAGAAAUCGAGCGCCGGCGGUGGCAGCAAGCAAGCACAUUCGAGCAAACAGCCACAAGAUGCCGAGCCUGCUACAGCCGAGCAGAGGAAUCACACACUGAUCAUGCUUCAAGAGACAGUGAAGAGAAAAUUAGAAGGAGCACGCUCACCCCUCAAUGGAGAACAGCAGAAUGGUGUCUGUGACAGAAGCUUCUCCCCAACUAAUAAGCGGAUACGGAAAGAUGUACCUGGGAUUGAGAGACUCAAUAGUUUGCCAAACAGUUUGCCUUUGUCUUCUAUUUCUCCUCUUCACCAGCUUGACCUAAAGCCAUCUUUGCCCCUGAAAAACAGUGGAAUUAAUGAGGGUACCCUGGAAGACUUAGGUAAAAAUGGUGGACUUUCUGACCUAAAACUCUCAAUCAAUGGAUGUACCGAGCUUGAAGAUAGUUUUAACAUUCUGCACAACAAUAGUAGCAGCAACAAAGAACUGAAACAGGAGCCCUUGGAUGAUCCCAACUGCACUGACAAUUCUGACACAUCCCUUUCCAAUCAGAAUAAACUCUUUUCAGACAUUAACCUGAACGAUCAGGAGUGGCAGGAAUUAAUAGAUGAGCUAGCUAACACUGUUCCAGAAGAUGAUAUACAAGAUUUAUUCAAUGAAGACUUUGAAGAGAAAAAGGAACCUGAAUUUCCGAGACCAGCCACUGAGAUUCAGGAGACUGCCAGUGUUAAAAGUGAUCCAUGUCAUUCUCCAUUUGCUCACUUACCAACAGGCUCUCCCCAAGUAAGACCAUCAUCAUCAGGGCCUCCAUUUUCAAAUAUCCCUACAGGUUCCAGCCUCCCUUCAGUCUCUAAUGGUCCUCCGCCUCCAAGCCUGGAUAGUUCACUAGCAAACUGUGUGGUUCAGUCCCCUCAGACUCCCAACCAAGCACAUCCCUCAAACCAAACUCAGUCACGACCAGGCAGUAGUUUCCACAUGAAUCCAACAACAGUGACAACAGCAGGCCCAGGGCCUAGCCAAGUAACUGUGACUAGCACUGACUUGUCUCCAGCUGAGCAGUUGAAGCAGAUGGCAGCCCAGCAGCAGCAGCGGGCUAAGCUGAUGCAGCAGAAACAGCAGCAGCAGCAGCAGCAGCCACCCCCACCACAGCAUCCAAACCAAGUAUCUAGCUGGUCACCAGUGGGGCCUCCAUCUAGUCCUUAUGGAGGACCUUUCAGUACAGAUAAACCAAAUAGCCCGAUGAUGUACCCCCAAGCCUUUAACAACCAAAAUCCUGCAGUGCCUCCCACGGCAAACAACUCACAAAAGACUAUAAUAAAUAACUACCUCCCUCAAAACCAUAUCAAUAUGAUUAGUCAGCAGCCCAAUAAUCUGGGUACAAACUCUUUGAGCAAACAAGGCAAUAUGCUUUCUUAUGGCAACACCAAACCUCUGUCUCAUUUCAAUGCUGAUCUUAGUCAAAGGAUGACUCCACCAAUGUCCAAUUCCAACAAGAGUCCUAUGAUGCCAUAUAUCCAGCAACAACAGCAACAGAUUCCCCAACAGCCACCAAUUCAGGCUCAAAUGACACCUUUGAGUGAGGAGCAGAAGCGCAUACUUAUUUUGAAGCAGAAAGGAAUGAUGAACCAGCCAGUAGCUUAUGGAACUCUUCCAUCUCUAGGUCAGGACCAGCACACUGUGGCAUUGUCUCGAUCCACAGGUCCCAUGCAGUCCGCUGUACCCUCAGGACCCAGUAAUGUGGGCACAAAUCCUGGCAAUGCCAAUUUCUUGAGCAACCAACCUCAAGCAGCCAUUAUGAAGCAGAUGCUGAUUGAGCAAAGGGCCCAACUUCAUAUGAUGGAGCAGCAGAAGCAACAAUUUCUUCUAAGGGAGCAACGGCAGCAGCAGCACAUCUUGGCGGAACAACAUUUACAGCAGCAGUCACAUUUGCCUCGGCAGCACUUUCAGCAACAGCAGCGAAAUGCUUAUCCAGUCCAACCAGUCACUCAGUUUCCAGGUUCUCCACAAGAUAUAGCUGCCGUAAGAAAUCAGACUGCUCUUCAGAGCAUGAGGACUUCCCGAAUGAUACCUCAGAAUGCUAGUAUGAUGUCUUUGGGGGCUUCUCAGAACACUGCAGCAAUCUCUGCAACAGGUAGCCAGACUGAGAUGGGGAUGACUCCUUACAGCAGCCCAGUGACUGGCCAGCCAGGAAUGUACAGUAUGAACUCAGGAAUGAGCCAAAUGUUGCAGCACCCAAACCAAAAUAGUAUAAAUAUAACACACAAUCCAAGUCAGGGGCCAAGGCAGCCCAGCUCAACCCAAGGAGUUGGCAUAGUCAGCAGCUUUGGUCCAAAUGUUUUAGUAAACUCUGCGGUAGCUCAACAACAUCAGCAAAUGAAAGGACCUGUGGGACAAGUUAUGACCAGAACACAAGCCCCCAGGCUUCAAAAUAUGAUGGGCCCCGUCCCACAAGGAACAGCAAACUGGCAGGCAAGAGGACUGCAAGGUAUCCCGGGAAGGACUAGCAAUGAAAUCGGAUCUUUCAACAAUGGAUCUGCUUACUCAAUGCAAUCAAGUCAGCCAAGGCUGCCUAAGCAACAUUUUCCUCAAAGUAUUGGUCAAUCUAUAAUGGACACAAAUGGAACCGUACGGACACUGAACUCAGGUGUAGGGAGACAGAUGUUGCAACAACUCCCUGGACAACAAGGAACCAAUAAUCAAUCCAGAUCAAUGGUUAUGCCUACAAUAAGUCAGGCAGUUUCUUCUCUAACUGUUUUUAAUCAGUCAUCUGCACAACAAAUACCAGGAAGUAGCUUCACUCAGAGCAGCCAAGGUCAGAUCUAUGAGAGGAAUCCCACUCAAGACAUAUCUUAUAGCUAUAGCAGUGAAGGAACUGGAGGAUCUUUUCCAAAUAUAACUGAAAACUCUGAUCUUGUAGACUCCAUCAUUAAAAGUGGUCCAGGAGAUGAAUGGAUACAAGAACUUGAUGAACUGUUUGGAAAUCCAUAGCACAUGGAGAUGUUCAGUUCCAAAAUUUGUGAGGUCAAAAAAGGAAAGCAGGAUGAUGUCCAUCCUUGUUUCUUUGUUUUGUUUUUAAAGCUGUGCAAUGCUAGCUGAUCUGUGAAGGCAUAAAUGGAAUUUGAAGCAAUGACAAAAAGUCCUUGCCAACUUCCCACGGCAGUCUCCAUGCCAUAGCGUAUCUGCUGCAGGUCAGAAUGAGAGAGAGAGAGAGAGAGACUGAAAGAGAGAGAGAGAGAGAGAAAAGCUCAAAAAGUGCUGCUUUCCGCCUAUGGGCCACAGAAAGUGUCAGGCAGUUUCCAUGUGCCACAGCACUGGCAGUCCUAUAACAAUGCACUUUCUAUGCAGUUCUCUAAGAGCUGUUGUAGUUUUCAGGAUACAGAACAGGCGGCUUCUGAGAUAAUGCAGGAGAGUCAAAGGUAGGCAACUGUACAAGUGACAAAUACAAAGAUCUUAACUCUGAAUUUAAUAAAUACCAAGCUUUUCCAUGCAAUGUGUGUAAUCUGAUAGAGAAUUACAUAAAGGUUGUUUGAAUGUGGUGAUGACAAUGAUACCAGAGCUGCAGGAGUUCAGUCAGUGCCCUAUCAAUGCUUCUUAAGGUGCAUGAUGGAUUCUAGUAAAAGAGUUUAUCUUUUCUCUAUUGUCCAUUUCCUGCAUAAUCAAAUGAUUCCUGACUCAUUAUCUUUACGUGUGAGGAAAAACACAGUGUAGGACAAGCAGUAUUGUAUAAUAAUUGUAUUACUCACUGGCUGCCUCCAAAGAUAGUGAUGCUAUACAAAAGUAAUUGGGAAAAGGGAGAUAGGUCUAAGGAGAUGACAUAAUUGAUAUGGAGUGUGUUCUUUUUCUGAACAUACAGGAUAAAGUGAGGUUGCGCUAUACAAACUGUUGGCUUGAUCUUCCAAAGACAUCAGGAGAAUCAAGGAGCAACUGCUCUUAAGAUCACACAGAUAGGGGCCAAUAACUGUGUUGGCUGUCAUAUACAGUACACUGAGCACCCCUAUCAAAACACCCUUGACAGAUUGAGAGUGAGUUUAUGGUCUAUGUUCUUCAAACACAUGCCCUCUUUUUUACACUUCCUACUUUCUACAAGCCCUAAGCUCUUUAAAAUGAUGACUAAGCUGAUCAACGAAAAACAAUUUUUUAAAAAAAAUUAAAAUCCAUUGAUGUAAUUUUAGUAGCAGUUGUAUAUAAGCAUUUGACAUUGCAAAUAUUUUUCAUAGACUUGUGCAAUUUGAAGUACUAGAAUUUAACUGCAAUUCUUUUAGGUCCUUUUAAGAGUUUAGAUUGGCAUUAUUUGUAACAUUGGAAAUUGAAUGUGUGACCACCUAUCUGUAAGUUGAACGUGGGGUUCAUGUUAAAUACAUCCACAUCCAGAGCAUUCUCAGGGUCUGAUUUAUAUGUUUCUCUUACAUACAAUUUUCCAUCUAAGCUGUUUUGUUUUUAGAGAUAACAUUUUUUGGUAGAGCAGUAGCAGAUAGUGAGGGGACUUUACUAUUUUUGCAGCCAUUCAUUCUCUGGUUCCUGACAUUCUCUGAUUGUAUCUCUUACACAUUUGCAGGAUAAGAUUACCGUGCAUAUGGGAAGAAAUGUUUCAAAAGGCUCAAAAAGCAUGUAGAGAAACACUGAACACCUCAUUUAUCCAUAAUUUCCCUCCUCUAGAAACAGCUUUUCCUGAAAAAUGAAGGAGGGAGGCAGGGUUUUAGUUAUGUGUUAUACUUAAAGUGUAUUUAGCCCAUUUGUGUUGGGAUAUAAGAUUUAAAUGGAAUGGGUCUAAAAUUCCUGUACACAGUUAGGCAUAUAUCCUACUUAAAUUAUUGGCAGAUUUUUUUGGCUGAUUCUUAUCAGUACUAAAAUAUAGAUUGACCAAUGCAUUUUCACAUUGGUAGAUUUGACAUUUGGCCAAAAAAAUUGUGUGCUUAUAACAAAUAAAUUUUAUCAUGCACUCAGUGCACAGUGUGCCAAAUUGAGUUCUGAUCAUAGCACACACAUCGGAGUGCAUGCAAAGAUCCAAAGAAGUUUUAAUUCAUACAUUUACUAAAUUUAUUUAAUACAGCUAUACCACAUUCAGAUGAAAGGGAGAAAAGAAUGAACAUUUUGUGCACUGCAGCAGUCAGGUGAAGCUGAAAAAUGUGACCAGUUACAUAUACAAAAAUUAGAAAAGAAGUCAAGUGAAAGUUUUAUCAUCUCCCUCAAAUA